UCUCUUUGGAGCGGGCGAAAUUUAUCAAUAUCAUCUGACCUGUAGAAUUCAUUUUCCCCUCACUCAUUUACACAACCUUAUUCAUUCACUCACUUAUUCAGUCAUUCACUCGCUCAAUAUUUGCUCACUGACUGACACAGUCAUUCAAAUUACUUUCUUGUUUGUAUUCUUAAACUUGCAGGUAUAAUGUUUUUUUAUUUAUUCAUUUUUAAAUACACAAUUCUACUACUUGUAUUAGAGAACACUGGUAGUAGCAUGUUAAAUCCUUUCCUUGUAGUUCCUUUAUUGUUCACCUUAUCUUGAUAUGCUGAUUAAGUGUGAGCAAAGAUUAAGCAAAUUGGCCAUGAUGUUGCAUGUCCCAAAAUAGCCUUUGAGUGCGGCUGAGAAGCUUUUACCAGCACUAGUAGCGUACUGGAUGCACACUUUCUGUUGUUUUGGCCUUUACAAUUCAAAGAAAAUGUGAAACACGGCCCUGCCAGACAAUAUGAGCAACACAUCCCUUCAAGAACCACCUGCCCAAAGAGUGUCUUCUGGGAGUCUACAGACAUUGGGCUCCAGACCGUUACAGCCCAUCUCUGAUCCCUCAGCCUCUAAAAGAGUAUGCUUCUACAAAAGUGGGGACAACAAAUUCAGUGGGCAUCGCAUGAUCAUAAACACUCGAACUUUCAAGACAUUUGAUGCCCUACUAGAUGCUCUGUCCAAAAAAGUGCCUCUGCCGUUUGGAGUCAGGACCAUCGGUACACCUCGUGGAAUCCACCUCGUUAAGGGUUUAGAUGAUUUACACGAUGGGGGAUCAUAUGUGUGUUCUGAUCAGAGACGGGUCAAGCCGCUAAACCUGGAUGCAGUUCGUCAGCGGCAAGUACCAUGGAAUACCACCAGACCUGUCAGCGCAGGACGACGAGGGCGUUAUAGACUCCCAUUUGGUCAGUUUAGCAGGAGGAAUGACGUCAUUACCAGGCCAGCAAAAGUCCCUGAGCGGGUGGCGGUGCGGACACCAAAGAGGCUUGUGGUCAUCAAGAAUAAGGAUCCAACAAUAAGGCGCACAGUUGUGUUGCAGAGAAGAACUGCACCAACAUUUGAUGCACUGCUAGAUUACCUUUCUGAGAUCAUGCAGUUCCCUGUACUGAAACUCUUCUCUGCAGAUGGCAGAAGAGUCGAUGGUCUUGCAGCACUAAUAUUGUGCUCUGGAGUCAUCGUAGCAGCGGGCAAUGAACCUUUCAGAUUAGGAAAUCUUAAUUUUCAUCUAACAGGACAGGUGGCACAGUCAGUCUACUCAGACACUGUAGAGCCAUCCAGGUUGCAGCCUCAAGCUCAGAAAAAUAAAUCUUUCUUCAGUGGAAGAAGCUCAAGGAAUUUUUCCCUGUCAUCAGAGAGAUUCAUUGUCAACCAGAUAAACAAUUCUCGAAAUGGAAGUGCGAACAGCCACCUUCAUCACCACAGUGAAUCAUAUCACAGAGAGGUCCACCAGCAUCACACAUGCAUUGAUAUGGAAACAUGUGAAAAUGUUAAGAUAGAUAAUCAAUGUUAUGCUUCUAUAGUACCUCAAGAUGAUGAUAUUGAAAAGUCCUUCCGUGUGAACCAAGAUGGCAGUAUGACAGUAGAGAUGAAAGUGCGUCUGACCAUUAAAGAGGAGGAGAUGCUCCACUGGACUACAACACUCAGCCGCUCCAGCCUUAGUCAGAGGACAGUUUGUCCUUCAAAGUCUGGGUCAGGGAACACCUCACCUGACUCAAACAAUGCUGCAGAUAGGUCCCCUACUGACAUCAGUGAAGAUGAAACUAAAGAACACAACCAUCCCACCAUAACUGGAAAGGGGGUUGGCUUCAGUGAAGUAUGUGAGGACUAUAGUCCAACAGCCUUGGAAAAACCAAAACCACGUUACCGACAUACCCCAACACCAGGACCUCGACAUGUUAAGAAGAAGGCAUCUGUAGAGAGCAUUAAAAUGGUGACAGAAUCAGGGGUUCAAGAGAGCACCUUAGGUCACUAUUCCUACAUGGAGAGGGCGGCUGAUGGAGAUGCAACUGAGGGGCACUGUGUUGUAAGGCACAGCAGCAGCAGCAACAGACCAGUCCCAAAGCCGCGGAAAACAGCAUCUGCAGAAGCAAGCAAUAAAGGCUCCCAUUCCUCCAUCAGGUCAUCAAAGGUGGCUGAGGUCCUGCAAAUACGAAACAAAGGAAUGGAGAUUACAGAGACUGUGAUGCACAUUUAUGAGAGUCAACAAGGUUAUGACAACUAUUUUGCAAAUACUGAAUAUAGCACAGAGGGCCUAUCUUUACAUGGUUCCACUCCAAUGCCACGCAGUAAACCAACCUCAACUGACUCAGGGCCACAUUCAUCAAGCAAUGAUUGUGAUAUAGAUUUUACUAGGCAGCCAUCAGCUGCUGACUCACUACACAGACAGAUAGAGGAAAUCUUGUCAUUAUCAUCAGAGCCAAUGACUCCAACACAAGAAAUUAGGAACAAUCUGCUCUCUUUUACUGACAGUAACGCUCAGAUUCCAGCAAACUCUAAAUCUCAGUCUGCAUAUCAGAAGAUAGAGUCACUAAAAAAAGACAAGGCAGUUGAGAAGAAGAAAAAGACAAUAAAACCUACAGGGAAUCAGAAGACUUCACCUCCAACAAAUAGUUCAGAUAAAAAGCAAAAGGAGGCCGUGGCAAGCCCCUCAAAGAGCAGCAAACAUUCAUCGACUGACAAGCUCAGCAAUGCAAAUUUAAAGAAAAAAAGUCUGAGUUCAUCAGGUAGUGAUAAAAUUGGCCAGAGGAGUAAGGGAACAGAAAAACUUCAAACAAGGAAGCAAGUGAGUGACACAACAUCCAGGAAGGAACGAGCCUUAUUACCAAACAUUGAAAAUUUGAAAAAGACUUCAUCUAAGAAACAGAUUAACACAAAUCAUGGAGCUGCUAGAGCUAAUGGUUAUAAUGUAAAUAGCCCUGGGACAGAAAUGGCAAGGCCUCCGAUUAGGAAAAACAUAUCUGAUAUUUUACAACCUAAACGGUCACUUUUGCCAAGUAAAAAUGUGAUUACCAAGCAAAAAUCCAUGACUGAGAACAGAAUAUCAUCACCAAAGCAAACUUUAGAGUUGAGUGAAAGUGUCUCAAUGCCAUCUCUUAGCCUUUCUCCUUCAGAUGUCCACCAAUAUGUAGAAAACUGGCUGAAUAAAAUAAACCCUGACUCAGUGCCAUACAUAGAGGAGGCAAUUACAGAGGGACCAGAGCCUCAAACAAAGGUUGUGUUUCAGAUAGGUGAUGAGUCUGAAUCUGAGGUGAAGGGCGAAAGCCAGGUUAAUACAGAUGAAUAUGAUCCAUUACAUAGGGAUGCUGUCAGAAAAUCUGCUUCUUGUCUAUCAGUCCCUCUUUGCUCUGAAGGGCCAACCACAGCUUCGCUGAAUAAUGAACAGAAAGCAAAGGGUUUAUGUGUUUCAAUGCCAAGUGUCAGAGUUGACCAGGAGAACAGACGGAGGACACAUAAAUCACCUGAAGCCAUUAGCCCUGCUGACAAAGAAUCAUCAUCUUCCACAUCAAACCUCUUAAGCCCAAAAGCAAAAAUAAAACCUGUUCUGCGGAAACUUUGUUCCUCAAUUCAGGGCAUCAGAAGAGCAACUGAGCCUGAGAAAACGUCUGAUCUUGAGAAGUCCAACAGCCUUCCUAAUUUCUCAUCCCAAGUGGCUUCCGUGUUUGGUUCAUCAUCUAAAGCAUUCCUCUCAUUUCUGUCAGUGAUGACAUUGCGAGAAACCUUAGUAGAUUCUGUGGCAGUGGAUACUUGUGAUUCAAGAAGCACGUCAGAGGCCAUGCUACUGAUGGAAUCCUUACAGAAAAUUUCUACUAUUGAGGAUGAGGAGGAGCAAAGAGCAAGUCUAACAGAUUUGCAGAGCAGAACAUCCUCUCAGCUCAGGGAACGCUGGAAAGACUUCCAGGUUUUACGCGAAAGGCUUGAAAGUGAACCAAUCUCUCCAAAAUUUUCAGAACAAGAAUUUGCACUGGAUGUUGUUUCUGAAGGAGGUGAUGCAUUUGAUGAUCAACAUUUGGGUAUUAAUGAGCUUAUGGAUGAACUCAGCAUGCCGCAAGACCUUAGAGAAGAAAUUUCUUCAAUGUUCAAACAAAGUAAAAGCUUCUACCCUGAGGCAGAAGAGAGCACCUAUGUAGAAAAGGAAAGAGACCACUCAGACUCAGAGGAGGAAGUGGAACAAUUUGUUGAACAUCAAGAUAAUGAGACAAAACAGUCACCAGAGCCUGAUGCCACAUGCAUAACUGAGACCACUGCUGAGACUGCUGCAAAAGACAAUAAUGACAACAGUUCUCUUACUGAGUUAGAGGGUGUACUUGAUCAAGUUCAGGAAACACACCAUCAAAGGAAAGAAGCAGGAGAGACAGAGAUUGAGGAAAAGGCAAAACCAUCAAAGGAUUUAGAAAACAAUAAUGUGCCAGUUCUUGAACUUGAUGUCUCAAGGGACAAGGGAAAUGAGGAGGAAGAGGAAGAGAAAGAAAUAGCCGACGAGUAUGAAGAAUUGGUUGAGAGGGAAGAGAAUGAACAAGGAAGACAAGUGGAGGAGGUAGAGGGGUGCAGGAAGGUGGUGAAAGAUACAGUGAAUGAGGUAGAAGAGAUGGGUGAAGCAGAGAGUGAGGAGGUGGACGUGGAAGAAAAAGAACAGGAGAGGCAGGAAGAACGGGAAGUAUUGAAAGGGGAAUUGAAAGGGGAAGAGAAGGUAGAGGAGGAGGAGGAGGAGGAGGAAGAAAAAGGGAGAGGGGAGCAUAGUGUUGAAGAGAAAGACAAGAAUGAUGAAUGGAUUGAUGAGGUUGCUGAAGAGAAGAGUGAGGAUGAAAGCAAGGAGGUGGGUGUUGAAGAGAGGGAUGGGGAUGACAAAACAAUUGAGAAUGAUGAUGACGAUGAAUUGGAUGAAGUGGAGAAUGCUACUGAUAAAAAUGAAGAAGAGGAAGUAGAGGGGUGUAUGAAGGAGGAGGAUGAGAAAAGUGAAUGGAAUGAUCAGGCUGCGGGGGAAACUGAUGAAGAAGGGGAGGAGCAUGUUGAAACGAAAAGUAUGGAGCGAGAAGAGUGGGAAGGUGAUACUGAGGGGAAGGAAGGGGAGGAAGAGAUCAGUGAGGAAAAGAAUGAAGAAGAAAUGGAUACAGCUACUGAGGAGAAAGAGGAAGUAGACAAGGUCAUUGAGGGGAAGGAUGAGGAAGAGGAUUUGCAACAUGUUGUCAAGGAAGAUGAGGAAGAGGAAUGUGAGGAGAGUGUUUCUGAGGACAAGAAUGAAGAGGAAGUGGGGGACACUAAGGAGAACUCUGAAGAUGAGGUGGAUGAGGGAGUUAGUGAGGAUAAGGAUGAGAGGGAUGAACCAGAGGAGAGGGAGGAAGAGGACGGGGAGGAUGAUAUGGAUAAAAAUACAGAAGAGAGGAUUGUGGAGGAGGAAGCAGUGGAGAUCACGAGUGAUGAAGGGGAAAUAGAGUCACAUGACCAAGGAAGGAAUGUAAUUGAGAACAAAAAGUGGGAUGACUUACAAGAGAGCAGAAAGGAGCAGGAGAAAGAGGUACAUUUUCUGGAGGAGGAAGCCAGUGGAGAAGAACAAGAAGAGGCAGAAGGUGAGGAGGCUGACGUACAUAUAGAAGCUGAGCAGAAAAUAGAUCUUUCUGAAGAGGCAAGAGAAGAAGAAGAAGAGAAGCAAGCUAAUGACAGAUGUGACCAGCUGCAAGAUCAAGAAUCAAAUGAUGAGGGAAAUAGUUAUAUCGGAAAAUCCUAUACUGAUAAAUCAGACAGUAUUGCCAGUAGUAAAGUUGGUAAAAGACAAUUAGAGGAAGCCUACUAUUUGCAACAGAGCAGCUGUGAGGAAGACCAGGCUAGCUGUGACAAAGCAAAUUCAAAUACUAAGCCAACAGAAAAUAAUGUAGCAUCAUCAUAUAAGUCUUCAUCAGAGGGUCAGUGUCGGGAUGAUAUGGGUAAUGGAACAGACACAGUAAAUGAGUUUAAAACAGAUGACGGAGAGGAGGAAGCAUGUGAGGAAAGAAGUAGCAGCCUAACCCACCCUGUGGAAAUAUCACAGGAAUUACUUGACUUUGUUAACUCUGCUCUACAGUCAUCUUCACUUAUAUUUACAUAUGAUGCAAGGGGUAACAUAAAGAUAGAGCCAGAUAACGCUCGGGUUAUACAAACAAAACAAGUUAUAAUUCCCAAAAAUACAGAGGAUAGGCUUUAUGGCCUAAAACGUCUCCCUAGUCCCUGCACCUCAGAUUUGUCUGAUUAUAGGCCAGAGACUUCAGAGAGUGGUGGAUACAAAACACAAGGAUCUAUAGACAUCACCACAGAGAGUGGAGAAGAUGCUAAAACUGACGAUGGAGAGACACUGUCUCAAGACUGCAGACACUCAAGACAUACGGCUGAUAAAUCUAACAGGGGAACAAAUGUGGAACGUGCUAACUCAAAACUGUCCCUAACAAGUAAAUCAGAAGAUUUACAAAGUUCCAGAUUAAAAAGUGGGGGGAGCUUCUCUUCUUAUGAGUCAGGGACAAAAGCCUCAAAGGAGGAUCUGUCUUAUUUCAGUGCUGCAAGCUCAUUAAAGGCAGACACAGAGCCUGUAAAGGAGUCAUCACAGUGCAUUGCUUUUCCUUCAGAGAUAGACUCAAAUGAUGGGGUUUUGAUUGAACAAGGUAGAUGGCUGCUCAAGGAGAAUCACCUCAUUAGAAAAUCCCCUCCAAUCGCCAUGGGAAUGUAUGGUAAUAUAGAUAGUACAUCCACUGACACAGGUCAAGAGAAUAGUGGUGAGGAUUCUCCCCCACAUUACGUAACCCAGUACAACCCCCUUGCGGUCAUAUCCUCAUCAGAGCUGGAGGAAAUGGCUAAGCCUCAAACUCCUAAGUGUACCUACUAUAACAUGUCACAUGGAAGUGAUUCGGACCCCUUUUUGGAUGAUGUCAGUAUAAAGAGUAUGAAAAAAGACUCAAUCAGUGUCAGAGGAAGAGGUCUAAAGGUAUCACCCACAAUAGACACUUCAAAAACCUGGGCAAAGAAAAAUGGCAGCCUUUCCUCUUUUGCAUCAGUCGAGUUCAAACUGCCGGACAGCAGAGUGCACCCACAGGGUGAGUCCUCAGCUUUGACAGCAAGAAGGCCCCCUGGUGUAGGUGGGCAUGUACUGCAAGCACAAGACUCCUUGGACACACUCCAUGGUAGAUGUGGGCAGUAUUGUCCCAUCCUGUAAAAGAAGUUAUUUUUCCUGUUUUUUUUUUUUUUUUUUUUUUUUUUUAGUUUUCAUUUAGUUAGUUUAUUUCAAAGGGAGCAUGUGCAGUAUUUAACCUAAAUGUUGCCAUUUGAUGCAGUGUACCAGAGUUAG